CUCACGCAACUUACGCACACCACACACACCACCAUGACGGCUACCGACAGUGCGAGCAAGACGCCCUUCGAGGGCAAGAAGGCCACAGCGAAGCUGGCCACCGAGGUGCCCGACGCGAGCGUCAAGCGCGCCGCCGUCGUGGUCAAGAAGUCGCCCUUGGAGCUUGACGAGACGGAGCGCGGCGAGGGCGGAUUUGGCUCGACGGGCGGCUUCGGCGCCGCUGCCGCAGCCGAGGCCCCGAGCGCGUAGCGAUCUGCACUGUAGCACAGCAUAUGUAUCAUUAUGUCGCGAG